GUAAAACGUUAUCGAAGAAGAGUCUUCCGGUUUGCUGUGUUGGUUCUAACUGUGUGUGCAUCGACAAGGCUCUUUAACUUUCCUUUCAAGUAGUCACCAUGCAGAACAAAAAGACCAAAUCGACCUCCAAAAUAAAAGGUACGUUUUGUUAACAUGUGGAAUAUGAGAACGUCCGUCUUCGGUGAAGCUAGCGUAACGUUAACGUUACUAUAAACUGUCAAUCAGACAGCUAGCAAACUAGCUAGCUAGCCAGCUAACGUUAGCUAGCUAAUCAAACCUACCAAAUAUGAAUAUUAAUCUGUUAUUAUGCACUGAUUUGCAGUGGGGAAGGUCGGUUCGAAAAACAAAGAUGAUGCACCCCAUGAGCUUGAGAGUCAAUUUGUACUGCGGCUGCCCACGGUAAGGAAACGGAUGGAAUUGAAUAGAAUGGGAUGAGAGAAAAUGUUUGGUUUUGUACAUUUUUGAAUAGUUGUCUUUCAAAUUCACUCCACAUGCUGAAACUUGUGAAUAUUGUAUCAUAAUGAAUGUGACCAUGAUUGAUUAAUUAAUGGCAACCAUAAUUGAUCCUCAUACUGAAACACUCUUUUACCUGUAUUUGACCUUUCUGUGCACCCAUAUAUUGAAAUAAAGGAAAUCAUACUUGACAUGGCAUAAACUGUUAUGGAAAUUGAUGUGUAUCUUGACUGCAUGAUCUCUGUCAAAGGAAUAUGCCUCAACAGUGAGAUGUAUUGCCCAGUCUAGCAGCAUGAACCUCAAAGACAGACUCACCAUUGAACUGCACGGUAGGUCUAAUAUGUAUUGAGCCUUAAUGUCUUCAUAGUUUAAGUGUACCUUGUUGUUUUCAUGGAAUGGUCGUAACUGUUCACUCACAAUAUUACCAUUUGCCGCAAAGGAAGUUGUUCACACUCUGUAAUGUAAAAAGUUAGGCUUUGUAAUUUGUGUAAUUCAAAUCAAGGAUAAGGUAAAGUGGCCUCAUUAAUCAUGCUGAUGAAGCCACUUGAAACUAAAGUAGAGAGAACCUUGCUUAACCCUGUUGCUCAUUUCAUAUUUUUUGGUUCAGAAGCAGUUAUACCAGCAUCACAUCACAGAAUGUCCAUUCCUUCCCAAGAAAGCACCUAUUGUCUAUAACAUAAGGGUGAAGUCCUAGAAGUAGGAUAAUUAGAACGGACAUUCACAUUCAAGGAAACCUUCUGUGAUGUAGUCUAACUAUUCUUCUAUGUGUGAAAUGACAUCAUAUGAUGUUCUGCAGCUGAUGGUCGUCAUGGCAUCGUGAGAGUGGACCGAGUGCCCUUGGCGUGUAAACUGGUGGAUCUUCCCUGCAUCCUGGAAUCUCUGAAAACAGUGGACAAGAAGACCUUCUAUAAGACUGCUGACGUCUGUCAGGUAGGACAGGAAGGAUGCUCUCAUACAAGCACCAUAUAAGAGUAGGAUGGUGUAUAGGGUCUCCAGACCAGUUGUCAACGGCUGCAGUGUCUGCUCUAAGAUUUAGACUGCCCUGUUUCUGUAUGACAUUUUAGUCAUUUAGCAGAUGCUCUUAUCCAGAGCAACUUACAGGAGCAAUUAGGGUUCAGUGCCUUGCUCAAGGGCACUUCGAGAGAUUUUUCACGUAGUUGGCUCGGGGAUUAGAACCAGGGAUUAUUGAUAAUGACCACAUAGUGUUGGUUUAUAUAUUUUCAAGCAUUCUAUAAGGUCGAUUAUUAAUUGCUCUUUGACCCUGUUCUGUGUGGGGUAGAUGCUGGUGUGCACAUUGGAUGGAGACCUCUAUCCUCCCUUGGAGGAGCCCACCGGUACUGUAGACCCCAAGAAGAAGAAGGACAAAGACAAGGACAAGAAGUUUGUGUGGAACCAUGGCAGUAAGUAGGCCUAUAUCCCCUCUGUAUUGAAAUAUGCUGAGUGUAGCACUUUGUAGCCCAUCUGCAGACUUAACUUCAAGCCUCAGCCAGUCUGCAAGUUUCCUUUUUGAUGGCGCUGUUAACUUUAAAUCAUAAUGUUUUUGGUCUCCAGUCACCUGUCCUCUAAAGAACACAAGGAAGAGAAGAUUCAGGAAGACUGCAAAAAAGAAGGUACUGACAUUUGUGUUUCCCCUUGAGCGCUCUCUCCCCUUCAUCUUGUGAAUAUUUUCUUCAGACGAUGCCGGGAUCUCGUCCCAGGCCCUUUAUUCAAACAACACAUUUACAUUUCAUAAAAGCGGAACUGCAGCGGAAGUAAAAACUAAGAUUUACAUAAAAAUAAAGGCCUUCCAUCUUCAUUUGCCCCAAAGGUAUGCAAGAAAGCAAUCUAACUCUCUGCUUUGAUCCAAGUGACAGAGUGAGUUUGAGGAAGGAUUCCUACUUUGUCUUUUGAAUAAAUCUUCUUUAAGGUGCAGCGCCAUAUCGGUUUGGCUUGCUGUUCUUAAUCUUUAAUGUGUUUGCUGGCACGUGGCCAGCCGUUCGCUCUGGGUGCAGUGUGUGUGCAGUAGUCUGGAGGCAUGAAGUAAGUCUAACCUUAUUUCCUCUGCAGUACAUCGAGUCUCCCGACGUGGAGAAGGAGGUGAAGAGAUUACUGAGCACGGACGCAGAGGCCGUUAGUGUCCGUAUCUUUUUAGCUCACGUACUGGGGCAAACUCACACACACAUCCUUCCACUCUUGCUCACGUCACACACACACACUCUGUCUCUAAUGCUGCACCAAACCGUCACUAGGUAUUGCAGUACCCCUUAUACACGCACUGUAAAUGAAACACAACAUAGCCAAUAGAUGUUGACCAGCGGGAGCCUACUCUGCUCUGCUGGGCCUCACCUGAACUGACUCCUGCUAAUGUCUUAAUGUGAGACCUGCACCAACACCUUCCUCAAUAAGCACUGUAAUGAAAUGAUAAAGCAGCAGGAACUAUUCACCAGGUCAUUGGUGUAAAUGAGAAUGUUCUCAGUCAACUUACCUGGUGAAAUAAGGGUUAAAAAAAUAAGAGCACAGAACAGGGUACAGCAUCAACAUAGAAGUGCAGCCCCCUCAGUGUUGAUUUAAGUGGACGCUGGUACAUGUUAAAAUGUCCUUGUAGGCCCAUAGUGAAGCCAGUUUUAAUAGCUGGAACAUGACAUAACUUAAUGAAAGCAGUGAGGUAGUGUUUGGUGUACAGCGUUUCCCUAACCUGGUGUUCAGGCUGGGAGGUGAUAGCCGAGGAUGAGACCAAGGAGGCAGACAACCAUGGCUCUCUGGCCAACCUGGACUCAUCACCUGGGACAUCAGGACACAAGAUGGGGCAUGGCUCCUCAGGUAAGCACCAUGGAAGUGGGCAAAACUUAGUAAUACUAUAAUAUGUUCAUUUAGCAGAUGCGUUGGUUCCAUACAGAGUGACUCACAGUUAACUUAAUACAUGUAUUCAAUAUAUGGACCAUGUUGGAAUGAGAGCCAUAACUUUGAUAUUACAGGCUCCAUGCUCCAACCACCUUAGUCAUCGCAUCCACACAGAAGUUAGGACAUACAGUAUGCCACUUAGCCUUUCACUGUCCCAUCGCAGUACAGUAGGCCUUAGUUCAGGGUUUCCCAAACCUUUUUUGUGAAUGAUCUUCUGUGUAGAAAAGAACAUCAUCAUUGAUGUUCUUUUCCCCCCAGGCUGAUUUAGUGCCUGGUCUUGCUCACUCUGUUCUAAUGAGGCUUGUGGGCGUUGUAGAGGGAAACAGAAGACGCAUACGUGUUCCUGAGAGUCUUAUCUUUCAGUGAUGGGGUCAUAAUAUUCUGUUGCUUAAACUGUUCAAAAGAUAGAGCCACAUUUGUAGGAAGAAAACAGAAACCGCUCUGUUUAUUACAACCACAUCUAGCGACUACCGGAGAUUUCUGACGUUACUGCGGGUCUAUGAACCCAACGAGAUUAUUAUAAUUAAUUUUUUCAGUUUCUCUCGCGACCCCUAGUUUGGGAAACGCUACUAUAUCUUGUUCUCCAUCUUCUUUUUAAAUAGUGAGCCAACAUGUUUUCAGCACUUAUUUCCCUCUGAUUAAAACUUGUUUUCUCGUGCUCUCGUCUCUACAGCAGACAUAUAGAAAGUAUUCACACACUUGAGUUUUCCCCACAUUUUUUGUCACAGCCUGAAUUUAAAAUGGAUUAAAUUGGGAUGUUUGUGUCACUGGCCUACACACAAUACUCCAUAAUGUCAAAGUGGAAUUAUGUUUUUAGAUUUUUUUAAACAAAAUAAUAAAAAAUGGAAAGCUGAAAUGUCUUGAGUCAAUAAUAUUUUGUAGCUUAAAGCGGCAAUCAGCAGUUGAAACGAUAGUGUGAUCCCCACCACUGUUUCACUAAAAAGCUGAGGGAUGGGACAGGAGAAAUGGAAACACUCUCAAAUUCAUAGACAGAGGUAUGGUUGCAAAGACUGGCCAUCCGUGAUAUCAAAAUUAUAGCUUUAUCAUGUUUUGAGGCUAUACAGUAUUUGUUUACAUUUUAUUUACAAACAAUAGAGUAAAACAAGCUUGUAUUUGGGGUUCUGAUGGGGUACAACAGUUGAACUAAGCUCAUGAGGCAUUUAUAAAUUAUAUUCUUCAAGAAUCAGUGGGUACAUAUCAUUCAAGUCUGAAAUGUAUGUAGCUACUGCAUGUUGUCCCUUUAAACCGUUAAGAAGAUAGAGCCACAUUUGUAGGAAGAAAACAGAAGCCACUCUUUUUAUUAGAACCGCAUCUAGCGGCUACCGGAGGUUAUUGACGUUACCGUGGUUUUAUGAAUCAAGCGCAAUUUUUCUCGCGAUCCCAUUUUCAAAUCACAUGGGGUCGCGACCCCUGGUUUGGGAAAAGCUGCCUUGGUGUUUCUAUAGCUGUCCUACUGGGAAGACUGUGUUUUGUUGGUGAGGAGUGGUAGCAGUAAGAAGACUGAAAAAAUACAUUUUUCCUUCCAGCCCAACGUGACGAGCUGAGGGAGAUCUUCAACGACAUCAGCAGCAGCAGUGACGAUGAGGAGGACGAGGGGGACCUUCGCCAUGAGGACGAGGACCUGAACAUCAUGGACAUGGAGGAAGACCUGGUUAGACAACUCCAAGACAAAGCCCGGGACGAGGCAGACAGGAACAACCAGAUAGGUGAGGCCAGAGGGAGGGACAAGAGGGAAUGAAAUAGGGGAGGAAAGAGGGGUGGUGGAGAGAGACUAGGAAGUAUGGAAAGAGUGGGGGGGGGUGGAAAGUUCGGGCGAGUUUGUUUUGCAUCGCCGGGAGCGUUGGUGGGGUGGUUGAAGAUGGCAGUCAUAGAUAUUAAGAGGUUGGUAUACCAUCCCCAUAUUGGCACAACAUAUUCCUUGGCAUAUUCCUUGUCAUUUCUAUCCUAAGUGGAGUGUGAUUGUUUUGUAAUUGGUAUCAACAUGGCGCCUGUCUACGGUAUUGGAGUAGCAGCCAAUGUGGGAAGAGAAUGAGAGCAGCCAUUCUAUUCAUUAUAUUUCUAUGUAGCAGACAGCUAACAUUCACCUCAGGCAUUUAGCCUGGUCUUAUAUUCACUUUAAAUUGACCUAUUGCACACUUUAAAACCCAAAGUAAUCUGUCAAGCUGAAUCCCAUGACAUGGGUUGUGUAGAUCCAUCUAUAUGCCUCAAUCCCCAAAUGAAUGGAAAAGAUAAGCACCCACUAAAAUCAGGAAAUUGAUGCCUGGGUUCUGUAUGUGGAGGAGGGACAUCUCAAUAGUCUCACAACGUUGCGUCUUAUCUUUUUUUGGUACUCUUUUUUUAUAUACUCACUGAACAAAAAUCUAAAGUGUUGGUCCCAUGUUUCAUGAGCUGAAAUAAAUAAAAGAUCCCAGAAAUGUUCCAUAUGCACAAAAAUAUUAUUUCUCUCAAAUGUUGUGCACAAAUUGGUUUACAUUCCUGUUAGUGGGCAUUUCUCCUUUGCCAAGAUGAUAUGCCACACCUGUCAGGUGGAUGAAUUAAGAAGCUGAUUAAACAGCAUGAUCAUUACACAGGUGCACCUUGUGCUGGGGACAAUAAAAGGCCACUGUAAAAUGUGCAGUUUUGUCACACAACACAAUGCCACAGAUGUCUCAAGUUGAGGGAGCGUGCAUGUGGCAUGCUGACUGCAGGAAUGUCCACCAGAGCUGUUGCCAGAGAAUGUAAUGUUCAUUUCUCUAGCAUAAGCCACCUCCCACGCCGUUUUAGAGAAUUUGGCACUACGUCCAACCGGCCUCACAACCGCAGACCAUGUGUAUGGUGUCGUGUGGGCGAAUGGUUUGCUGAUGUCAACGUUGUGAACAGAGUGCCCCAUGGUGGGGUUAUGGUAUGGGCAGGCAUAAGCUACGGACAACAAACACAAUUGCGUUUCGAUGGCAAUUUGAAUGCACAGAAAUACCGUGACGAGAUCCUGUGACCAACAGAUGCAUAUCUGUAUUCCCAGUCAUGUGAAAUCCAUAGAUUAGGGCCUAAUGAAUUUAUUUCAAUUGACUGAUUUCCUCAUAUGAACUGUAACGCAGUAAAAUCUUUAAUUAUUGCAUGUUGCGUUUAUAUUUUUGUUCAUUAUAUAUUUUUUACAAUACAAAACAUUCACAUACAAAUGCAACAUAUAGACGCACACAAACAUCCACAACAUUACCCCUGCCCAGACCCACCUGCUCACACUCCAGUCUCCAACGCCCGUAUCACACUCCGCCACAUGGCCUCAAACUGCACCAUUUUGUUUCUCUCUGUCGCCCACGCACUUAACAUUUAGAUAAUAAAGCAUUUGGACCUUUUCAUUGUGUUAACGAUGGAUGAUUGGUUGAUUUCCAGUUUUUAAGUAUACGUUUUUUCAAGAUGAUUGACGAGAAAAGUAUCGUCCAUCCCAUCGGAUAUCUCACUACACCCCCAUAUGCCAUGUCUUGAAAUAGGCAGACAGACGGAUUAAAAGUACAAUUACAUUGUAAUACUUCUGACAGCCAACUUUCUAACUCCGCCCAUAACUUUUGGACUUUAUAGCAUUCCCAGAAGGCAUGGAUUAUUGAGUCAUUGUUAGUUUUACACUUAAGAAGACAUGACUCUGCCUUUGUGCUGUAGAAUUUGUUAAUAUUUUCUCUUGUAUAAUAAAUUCUAUACGUCAGUUUAUACUGGAUUAAGCGUAUAUUUUUGUUAACUGUAAUUUUGUUAGUUAUGUUCCAACAUUCCCUCCAUCUUGUGCCAAUAUCAGUUCUUUUUAAGUCUUGGUUCCAGUAGUUAAUAUAUUUUUUUAAGAGAUUGUCAGUUGGAUAGGCUCUCUGCAAAGUUUAGUAUAUCUUCCCUAUCAUAUAUCCUUUUCUGACUCAGAUAGGGCUCCAUCAAGAUUACGGUGAUGUCCAAAAGAUUUCAAAUCGACAUUUCUUGAUAUGAAACUUUUAAGUUGCAUGUAUUUGAAAAUAUUUACAUUGGUCAGUCCAAAAUUGCUUUUUAAUUCUGUCAUGGAAAUAAAUGUAUUUCCUAUUACCAAGUAAUUUACGGUUUCUGUGCCUUUUUAUUUUUCUGGACCAAUUUAUCUGUGAAUUCUGAAAAGCUAUCCAAGGUUUGUUCCAUAAGGUUGUGUUUUUAGGGAGUGAUAUUGGUUCUUGUAGAAUACGUUUAAUUUUCUUCCAUAUUGUUAUUGUGUUCUUAAAUAUAAAUAAUGUUCUUAGCUUUAUCCUUAGAAAACAGACAAGUUAAAAGAUUCUGGGGAUGAACAUGCACAUCUUCAAUAUGUACCCAUGUUCUCCUUUAGUGCAUUUAACUAUGUCGCAAGUAAAAGCCCUGGGUGGCCUCUUCUCAAUGUCUCCUUUUCAUUAUUCACACUCAUAUUAAAUAGGUUUGGGUGGAAGAAAGAAGCAUGUCCUCUGUGUAUUCUGAUCAGUGCAGGUCAAAGAGAGGAAGCCCUGGUUGGUUUAUUCAAUUAAAAUGGGCCUGUAGCAAAUGGCUGGUCUUGGUGUUGCUGUGUGUGGAAGAGUCAGUGUUUUGAAUCUCCAUACAAGUUGCCUCCUUUCAAGUUUUCCUUUCCCUGCUUCCUACGUAUCUUAAAUGAUGCAUGGCCUGUGGUAGGCGUCCAGCAUAUUAUUUUCACUCUAUGUAGGUUAAAGGAAUAAUCCACUCAAAAACUAUCUUUCUGUGUUUUAUUCAUUAGUCCACUGUUGAUACGGUCCCAAAAUGUUUUGCAUGUCAGCAAUCAAGUUUAAGAUAUAUGACUUUCAAAAAGCAAAUUGUAACUUCAACUUUGGGACUAAUGAAAAAAAUACCAAAAAAUAGUUGUAUUUAUUUUAUUAUUCCUUUAAAGAGUGGAGACGGAGAGAAAUGCACUUGAUACUAUGGAGAUAUUGAAUAGUCUGUGUGUUUUGUGAGGGAAGAUGUAAAUGGUUCCUCUGUCUGCUCCUGUAGUGAUGGAUUACCAGAUGCAGAUAGACGGUGUGAAGGUCAAGCUGAAGGAGACGCGCGCCCGCAAGAAACAACAGGAGGACCUCAUCAUGAAGGUGGAGAACCAGGCCCUGAAGGUGAAUUAUAGAUACAUACAACUUUGACAUGGCGUUUUAAUUAAUUUAGCAGAAUGAGACGACCACAAAGACUGAUUCAUAAAUAAGGCCUUCAAAAACAAGUCUUAGGAGACUCAUAUUCACACCCACACACUCUCUUUCAAUCAAACACACACACCGACACACUCUCUCUCACACACACACCGAGGCAACCUUGGAGGGAGAAGUCUUUAUGUGGAAUAUAACCCCUCUAAACGACUGAGUGUAAAACUUCCCAAACUCAGACCGCAUAAAGAAGGUAUAAAUAUUACAUUUCCGCCAUCAGCCCUUUGGGGAAAAAAACAUAAAAAAUCAUUGUUCCGCCAACUGCUCUUCGGGGACAGAUUUACAACGUGUGAGACACGGGUGGACUUUUUUUUUUACCAUGUCGUUUCAGCUCUGUGCUCGGCUGGCCGGGCCUGGCUGAGAUCUUCUAUCUUUCACCAUUAUUAUCACAGCCACAGGAAAAGGUCACGGGCGUCUAACUGGCAUUCCAAAUGGCCUUUCUGUCAGAUGGAAGAUACGCUCUCUACGAACGGCGGCACGCUCAAAUUUCAAACAUCAAAACAAGCUAAGGGAACUGUCUACUGACUGAACUAAUUUUUUUCUCGUCUCUUUUGCAGAACCGCUUUCAGGCUCUGCUCAAUGAAAUUAUCCAUCAGGAGGAGCGAGAGAUGGAGCAGGUAACGUUGUCUGAGGAAGACGGGAAGGGACAUUUUAAAACUACUGCAUCCGUUUAUGAGCUCUUGUUGGUUAUGAGUUAUAAAUGUAGUGAAUGAUUUUCUUUGGUAUUAAGCAGCAUUUGCUAUAAAGGAAUGUAAAGGUGCAACUAAGGUGCUUGAAUUAGAGAGACAAAUAAACCAAAACAUGUUUGUUUAUAAGAACUGCCAUUGUCUUCCUCUAGCGACUGAACAUCCCUACACAUCCAACUUUUAGAAUGAUAAGGGUAGUCUUUAUAUCCGACAUCCAAGCUAAUUGUUUGACUCGAUCUUAAUCAACCUUCAUUUGAAUUGUCAAGAACACAUGAUCUGAGUAUCUGUAUCAAGUUGUCUGUCUUCACAUCAGCUUGGUUUGUUGUUUGUAUUGACAAAUGAAUAAUGUCGGAAGAUGUGUUAAUCAUCCACUUAGCCUACCAAUUACACCCAGGCGUUCGACAUCAACCAAUCUCUGCUCCAUCUCUGCUCCAACAGCUGUCCUCGCUUCAGGAGCAGCUGGACUCGCUGAUCGAAAAGUGACCCAAGUGACCACCAGGGGGCAGCCAAGUGUCAAAUAGGCGCCGUGAGAGCCACUGGGGAAGAGCGAAGAAGCAUCUGCGCCCUCUGACAGAGCCAUCCUCAGUGACAUGCUGUAUCAUUCCAUUAUACAUUUUCCCUUUAGCCUCCAGACAUCAUGACAUCACUUGUUGGAGGAUUCGUGUUAUUUUUGUAUUGUUCUUAUUUUAUUUCUGGGAUGUUGUCGUGUUAGUAGGAUUAUAGAAUGAGUGUUUUCUGUCUGCUACUCCGUAUGAAUAAACCCUUUGUUUAACCAUUCAA